GUCGCCGUCGAGUCGUCGGAGCAGCAUGGCUGAGGCCGCUAAUGGAGGCCUUGUGAGGCGCAGAACACAUAAUGUGGCCCAACCAGCGAGGCCUGAGCAUAAACUCCUGCAUCAAACUGUGAUGCCAGUUGAUGGUCAUGUUAGGGGCACAGCGAAUGAGGGCGGUAUUCCUAACCCUACAUUUGAGUUGACUUUGCCCUACAACUCGGAGGAUUGCAGAGACCACGUCUCUCAACCACAACCUGCCUCUUGCACCAUCCGUGUUGGGCGUGCAAUAAGCCCUUCCAAUAAUUCCGACCAAUGUCGUCCCGUCAACAACGGUAAAGUACCACAAUGUUUCGAUAAUAAUUCCAAAAAACAUUCAUGGAGCAGCAUGGAGAGUGAGAAUCCCGAUGCUCCCCUCACUCCAGCCUCCAGAAACCGUCUGCAGCCUAACGGUCAGCCGGACACCAGAAACCAAAGUUCUGGUGCCCGGUCCAGCUCAGAUGAGCAAUUGCAAGCCCCUAGAUCUCCCUCACCUAGACCAAAUACAGACCCAUCUUACCAGCCACCUAGAUCUCCCUCACCUAGACCAAAUACAGACCCAUCUCACCAGCCACCUAGAUCUCCUUCACCUAGACCAUAUACUAACCCACCCAACCAGCUACCUAGAUCCCCUUCUCCUAGAUACCGCCUACAUUCAGAACCAUCUUCGCCAGCUAGAUCUCCAUCCCCUUUCGGCUCCCAUUUCUCAGGGGAGAUCGGCUCCAAAUCUCCACAUUAUAAUCAAAGGAAAUUCAGCAUCGGCGACACGAGCAGCACGGUGGGCGUUCAGAGCAAUGCAAGUGGCACGAGUGAAAACACCGACGCCAGAAGUGAAAGAAAAACCAAGUCGGUGUCUUUCCACUCGCACACCAACUGGAAGAGCGAAAGGAAGACGGAAAGUGGUGAGUUAAUUUUCCUUUAA